AUGUCUCCUGUUUUCGUGGCUUCUGGCGCAAGUAUCCUAUCCUCGCCGUUUUCUCUGACCUUACAGGUCAUCCCGCCCGCUCUUAUGCUGAUCCUGCCGCUGGUGUCGACCAUCCUUUUAGCUCUUUCUUCACCUUUUAGUCGAAACAGACUUGUGCCAAAUAUCCUUUUGGCACUCAAUGCCGUCCUACCAGCCAUUGCUGGCGGACUUGGCCUAGCAGCCUCACAAAACCAUGUUCAGCUCCUUCAGCGGUUCUGGAACGUGUCUCGGGUCCUGCACGCGUGUCUCUUAUCUGUGAGUUCGCUGUACGUGUUAUUCGUGGCCACGACGCCAGUUUCCGUGGUUCCGCACCGCGCAUUCCGUUUCGUAUUGGUUUUUGUAACAACAUUCCUUGUCUGCGAAACGAUCGCUGGCUCAAUCACAACAACUCCGGCUUUGCUUUCACCCACAUUCUCUCUUAUCUCACGGAGCCUUCAACUGCCUCUCGCUGUUGGGGUCUUCUUUGAUAUACGUUCUGCCAUGCAUCAAAACACCAUGGCAGCACCGCUCACCAAGACGUGUGAAAAACACCGAGCAGGUCCCGAGAGAACACCUCGCCCGUCCAUUUUUCCAAAUAGAUCUGGGCGGGUCAGUUCACCCACUCCUGACACCUGGCCCUUUCCAGGGUCACUUGCGCAUCCUCAGCCGACAUACAGCCACUCGUCGGCUAAGGGUACAAGCGCAGUUGUAAAUCUUCCCCCGUCGCUCACACUCACUCACACGCACCAAGAAGAUAGCGUGACGUCUGAGGAAGCAACUCGCGGGUGUUGUAAGGAAAUGCGUCUUGCCGUAAUUAUCUUAGUGGCGCAGGCAGCAGCUGUGGUGUGUGCUGCUCUCCAGAUUGCUGUAGCAAUUAUUUCAGAUGGUUUCCCGUCGUGGGUCGCUUUGCAAGUACGCGACUCGCUGACAACAUCUCCGUAUCAACCAUGGAGAAGCUCCGACAUAACGGACGCCUCAGGACUUGGUAUCGCUCACUCCGUUUGUUUGCUUGUCUGGGCAGUGGGAGUUAUCAAUUGCCUUUAUUUGCUUCCGUCUGUAAAUCAGACCCUGUCCACUUCUCACAAGCUUACAGAAGGUUCUUCGGUGCCGAAACCUUUGGAAUUCACCAACCCUCGCACGCCAAAGCCCUCGCUUUCACGAUGCAUGUCUUCAGACUCUGCAUCCGAUUUUCUCUCCAUGCGGGAUCCUUUCGCUUCCCCACCUCCUCCGCCGCCGCCACCGCCUCCCACCGUCGGCCUGGGACUUUUCGAUUCAAAUCGUGUGCAAUUUGGUGACGUUGCAGCUCAGUAUCGUUUUCCCGCGCCCAAAGCCAGGAAAGCAAAAGCAGGACGCAAGAGGCGAAUUGGAAUGAGAGUGAGAGCGUUGGAACAUCAAGCCUCCGCUCAAACUCUACUCCCUUUGCGUCCCCCUCCGGCUUACAUCAGCGAGGGUGAACGUGGUCUUGGAGAUGAGGUCCUUCUAGCGCAGCUCCUUCUUCAAUCUCUGACGGCAGGCACUGAAGUGGAACUCAGUAGCCCGACGAGGGUGACAGCAACGAGCCAUCUGUUGACCUUCCCUGAGCCUACUGCGCAGAUUGAGAGGCUGGGAUCAAGGUGGAGUGCUAGCACUGCGGCUCUAUCGGUGUCAACAAGCACUGCUUGGAGCGAAAAGAAAUCAAGGGCGUCUACUAGCACUUCCGCCUCCGCACGCGCAGCCGGGAGGAAAAGUUCGGAGGCGAGAAAGUCGACUGCUACGGGAAUCUCGGCUUCCUCCGUACCAUCGACCUAA